UCUGACCCAGUCAGCACCAUCGCCCUCUUCUACUUCGACGUCGGCACCUGUGCAGCCACCCCCUCCCCCCUGUGUGUCCCCACCGCCACCCCCCACUUCCUUCCACAGGUCAUUCGGCUUGUCACACACACACCACCUGUACAACAGCGCACACAUGCCUAGCCGGGUGUCCCCUGGCGGUCUACCUCUGUCCGGACCGCCCCCCAUGUAUCACAGCAACCCUGCUGUUGUCGGCACCUCUCCCACCCCCACUCAGACUGGUGCCGGCAUCGGCCUGUCCACCACCGUCACCUGUGCCGUGGCAACGGCUGUCAUUGCCACGACCACCACCACCACCACCACGGCAACAGCAGGACUCCGCAGGGUGGAUCGCGUCGCCCCUCCAGCCAAGAGCGGCGAAUCCCAGGAGACCGUGGUGGAUUCUGGGAUAGAGGAGCUAGACAGUCGCAGCAGCAGUGACCACCACCUGGACAGCAUCCUGGGGCUGGGCAGUGUGAGGGGUGAGCGUGACCGGGCAGACCGCCCCGACAGGGGGGCGGACCUUUUGGACUCCUACAUGACCUACCUAGAUGGACAGACAUACGAGAUACACAACAGCAAAACAGCUGCCACCUCCACAUACCCCAAAUCACAACGCUACAGGGAGGGGGGCCGGCCAGGCGUGGAGAUCCGCAGGCAGUCCACCAGCACGCCGUCUGCACUCCAGGGUUCCCUCCACUCUCAGAGACAGCGGGAGGAAGAGGAGGAGCAGGAGAGCAGGGAACGGGCUGAUGAAAGUGAAAUCGCUCAUGACGGCUUCAGCGUCAGGGCCACUCAGAGCCUGAGCCGCCCAGGAACACUCUAUCUGGAGCGGGUGCGCACCCCAGAGGUGAAGCCCCACUGGGCAGAGGGCCCCAUUGGCCCCAGUCAACCAGCAGAAGGCGCUACUCAGGUAGGGAGCCCAUACCUGGAGGGCAGGAAGAUACACCCGCCCCUGCCCGGCAUGAAGGCCAGCAUUAUCAACGAGCUGAACAGCAAGCUGCAGCAGAUGGGCUCUAAGGGCUCUGAAACAUGGGGGAGCCACCACUCUUUGAGCCGGCACAGGUUCUCAGAAGACUCCACUGGUGCCCUGAGCCCCCCCAUCCCACGCUCUCCCUCUCCAUCCCCAGUACCGCCCAACCAGCCAGCCCCAUCCUCCGCUCCAUCCUCUCAGCCCCCACUGUACCCUGGCUGGACCCAUUCCCAAUUGCCCCAGUCCCCCUCUGUGACUGCUCCCCCAGCCCACUCCCCAUAUCCCACCUCACCACAGCGCAGACCUGUAUACCACAGCAAAGCCCUGGAAUUCCAGUUCCUUCCUAACCGGGAAUCUCGGCGGCAGGAGGCCCAGAGUCAGCGGCGCCGGGCCCCAAGCCCCCUGAUCUCCCCCCCAGACCGGCCUAAGCUCGGUCCCCCCCGGCCCUCAUCCCUGCCAAUACUGUCCACUGCACCCCUGUAUGGCAGCCUGUAUGACUUACGCGGUUCCGUCUCCCCACCAUCCCCAGCCAACCCCCUGGGGGACCCCUACUUCUCCCCCUCCCCUCCCCUGUUUGCCACCAGUGGUGCCCCCCCACCUCCCAACUCCUCGCUGGUUGUGUCCCGUUCCCUCUCCCCCACUCACUUUCUCUCUGGGAGUUCUUCUCCACCCCUGCACCCCUUGCCACCCCCAACAUGCCUCAGCUACCCGCACCUGCCCCCCCCACCACCAUCCAAGCCAUUCACCUCGAAGCCCCUCCCCUAUUGGACCAAGUAUGAUGUGGCUGAUUGGCUAGCUUACCUGAACCUGGGGGAGCACAGGGAGCGUUUCCUGGACAACGAGAUUGAUGGCACGCACCUGCCCUCCCUGACCAAGGAAGACUACCUGGACUUGGGCGUGACCCGUGUUGGCCACCGUAUGAAUAUCGAGCGGGCUCUCCGGAGGCUCAUGGACAGGAACUGACCUGUACCCGAGCCGUGCCGCAAAAAGAGACUAGUUACAGCACGGUUCCAGCUUGCUUUGGUUUUCGACUGCAGAAGGAUCAACUUUAAGGCAUUACCGAGUUUGGUGAGCGACAGUGACGUAAAACUGAAGAGUCGCUUAUUUGCUGUUCACACAAUGUGCUUCAUGAUUUACUAUGUGCAAUUAUUAUUUUUUUAUUGUGUGCUAAUUUCCACUAGCACAUCUGUGUGAAUUGCCAUAUUAUGCAAGUAUCAAACACCAGCAUAAUUAGCAUUUUCUCGCGUAAAUUUGCAUUACAACUCCAUGCCCUUCAGCUGUUCUAUGGUACUUUUUGGGGGUUGGAAAUUUUCAAGUACAGGAAUGCACUACUAAUAACGAAUAAUAUAUAGAAUGUACGCUUUUUCCUUCCGAAGAUGCAUGCGCAUAGUUGCUAGUAAGCAGGGCAAUGUCAGCAUAGGCAAGGCUUCAAUGCAUUGCUGUCACGUAUCGCAGGCACGGAGCGAGGAAACAGGAGCAGGAGUCUAGAGAAUCGGGGGACAGAGUCCUGCACGGGUCCACUUUUGGAGACCUGCACCCACCCGCACCCGCACAGUACAGCACCACACCCGCCCGUGCUCCCGUAAUUAUUUCAAAGUUAAAUCCGCACCUGCCCGAGCCCGUUAACAUUCCGCCCAUUACCCGCCUGUACCUGUGAUAAAUUACAAACAAUUAUUUUUUGUAUGCACCUCUCAACGUAACAAGCGCUAGGCCUACAUGAAUUUUGAAUUGAAACGAAAAAGUCUGUUUAACACAAAAUCAAACG